CAGCAGAAGGUACAUCAACGGUGCGGAAUUGUUUGAUGUGUGUUGUUGCUUUGGCACGGUCUAACUGGCUCGUUGCACUGUGUUCUGCUCGUACGAUACGCGCGGUAUUCGUCGAAAAGCGACCCUCCGCAACUUGCAAGGGAGGAGAGUGUGUGCCCGGUUGUUGCGAGUUGUGUUUUUUCAAGGGAUUUUUCAUUAGAGAAGCUUAGUAUUUGCAUGACAUUCGGGUAAAUAAGACAUAGCGAAUAAGCCACGCGCGACAAUGGAAAUAGCUAUUUUUCGCGGGUGACGAGUGUACGAUAUGCAGUGUGAAGUAUAUUGUGUGGAUUUUUAUUUCUUAUUGAUAUUGCACAUAUCAAAUCAGUAUUUAUUUAUUUUUUCUAUAACAACUAAGAGUAUUUGUGAAGUAAUUUGAUGCAGUGAAAACGUGUAUGCCUCUGUCACAGUUGAUGUCGUUAUUCAAGUCUCGCAUCUAAAUAAACCGCGACUGCCGUGCAUGUCGGUUUCCUCAAUGGAAGAAACCCGUGACCGUGAUUAGCGUGAAAUAAUCUCAAAGAAUUACAACUGAUUAAGUUCCUACAGUCGUCAAGCUGCUUUGUAUUGUGCCAGAAGAAGUCCCGCGGUGAAAAUAGAUAGAAAGUGUUUCCUAAUUAUGUGUCUUCAGGUUGGUAAAUCCCUUCCGGUUGUGUGACACAAGUUGUACGGCGCGCGAAGAAAAUCAGCGCCAGCGAGCAACAAGAGGGCAGAAAGUGAGAAUCGAAGGCAAAAAAUUGUAAGAUUUAUGAUUCGAUUGCAAUCGUCGUACAGAAAACCGAGGAAAAGGCGACGCAAGAAAAAAAGAGAUAAUUUAUUAGUAUUGGAUUCAAAUUCAAAUAAAAAAGAAAAGCGAAGAAUAGAAAGGAAACCGUAUUGGUGACAACCGCAGAAGAUGGUUCUCUAGAGAAAGUGAGAGUGGCAGUUUUGGCUUUCAAUUAGAAGCAAUGUGUUGCGGAAGGAAGCGUUAAAAACGCACAUCGAACUGGGAAGAAAGAAAAAUCUACUACCGAUAGGAACCGUACUCACAUAAUACUGGGCCAGCAUCGAUGAAUCGUCAUCCCUCUUGAGAGCAGCUUUUUCCAAAUUUGAUUUUCCAGUAUUUUGGAGUUUGGAAAUUAUUUACCGCAGCAGACCACCGACCAUCGCCUGAAGAUCAUCCAAAACAGUUCUACCGGCUAGAAUAAGUGUGUAUAAGUGUAUUUGUGCGCGUAUGUGAGCAAAUUUUAAUUGAGCUUUACUUCGUUCAGUGGUAAAUUUCCUUACAAUUUGUUGUGUUUUUUGUCAUACAAAAGAUAGAGGCAAAAAGUUGCUCGAAGCAAGUAUUCAUCAUCACGUUGUAUAAAAAUCAUCCUCACGGAAAUUCACGCAUGCCAGGCAUACAUCGUCAAGAGAAAGUCAAUACACAAUAAGAAAAGCUUUUGUGAUAGUUUUAUAAAUUAAGUCUACUGUAAGGAAAUAGUAAAAGUAUUAAGUGGUAGUGUCAAAUUCAACGGUCCCAGUGAAACAACCACCGAUACUACCACAUCUUGUCCAAAUCGUUGAAUUCAUGAAUUUAACACAAUAUUCAUCGAUCGCAUAUGAGACAGAUGAUUGAUCACUAAUCUCUUCGAUUAUCUGGAGCUGUGUGUUGAUUUUUGGAGCAUCCUUGUCUGCUUUUCAAACAAAACCGCUACAGAUAGCUAAACUAAGCCCAAACCAAACCUUUCAAUAUGACAAUGAGUACAAAUAAUUGUGAAAGUAUGACGUCAUACUUUACAAAUUCCUAUAUGAAUUCAGACAUGCACGGCCAUUAUCCUGGAACGGGUGUGGAUGGUUUGGAUACCAGUCAACAGAUGUAUCAUCAUAGUCAAAGUCAUGCCAGCCAGGGAAAUAUGCCUCCUUACCCACGCUUUCCACCAUACGACCGGAUGGGAUACUAUCAGCAAAACAUGGACCCUGCCGGAUAUGCGCGAGCCGAUAGCCCAUCGAGUCAGGUGGGUGGAGUGAUACCUCAGCAAACGAAUGGCAAUCCUUUACAGCAAACGCAAGUACAACCUCAACAGCAGCAACCGAUUGUUUACGCUAGCUGUAAAUUGCAGGCCGCGGUGGGUAACGGCCCAAAUGGUCUAGGAACUUACGGUGCUGAAAAUGGAUCCCCUCCGUUGGAGCAGAUGGGCCACCAUAUGAACACCGCUCAAAUGACAAUACCUCAGCAUCACAUGGGGCAUGCACAGGGACAGGAUUGUUUCCCCCCUGACCAGGUGCAUCAGAAUCCACAGCAUAUGGGUAUGUACACCAAUACGGCUGGCGGUCCGCCUGGCGUAGUGCCGCAGCAACCACCAAAUAUGAUGCACCAGCAACCUCCACAACUACACCAAGGACAGCAACCACCUCCAAACAGUCAAAAUUCCAACUCGGGGCUACAGUCACCACUUUACCCAUGGAUGCGGAGUCAGUUCGAACGAAAACGUGGUCGUCAAACGUAUACGCGAUACCAGACGUUGGAACUGGAAAAGGAGUUUCACUUUAAUCGUUAUCUGACCAGGCGGCGGAGGAUCGAGAUUGCCCAUGCACUGUGCUUGACGGAGCGCCAAAUCAAGAUCUGGUUCCAGAAUCGGCGAAUGAAAUGGAAAAAAGAAAAUAAAACAAAGGGUGAACCAGGAUCGGGCGACGAGAACGACAUGACACCGCCACAGUCUCCGGCGUAAAUACUUGUGCUCAUCUCUGGCUAGCUUAUGAAUGAUGUUAGUGACUUUUGUAAUAUGAAUUUUCCUCUGUUUAGUUAAAUCAAGGCGCUGUACAGGUUUUAGUUGCGAGACUAAAAAUCACCAGAUUUUUUUCAAUGCUACAUAGUCGCAUAUUUCCAUUGCAGUACUAUAAAAAAAAACCAAACCAUUUUUGAAAAUUAUUUGUCUUACCUACCAAGCGUACUCUACGAUCAAAAUUUCAACUUUGUAGAAAACAGUCUACUGUAAACGAUACCGAUGAUGAUGAUGAUGAUUAAUUUAUUAUGCAAGUAAAACGAAAAAAGCAAACAACUCAUGUGACCUCAAAACUAAUGUUAAUUUAGAAAUACAAGAUCUAAACAUUCAAAAAUCUGAUCACAGAUUGAAGGAAGCAGAAAAUUAAAAAAAAUAAUGUGCAAUGCAAAAACAAAUCUUUUAUCCAUUUUAGAUGAAAGAUACAUAUUUGUGGAAAGAUUAAUAGAUAUUCUAAUAAUAUACGUACAAAAGUGCUUGAAUAUUCAUACAAAAAAUAUUUCCUGUCAACCUAGAAAAUUAAUGGUUGAGACACUUUUGGUUCCAUUUCUUCAUUAGAACACCAUAUUCUCAAAUCAUACCAUUUGCCGAACACGAACCUGUACUCAAUUAUCUCACAUAAAAAUAAUCCAUCGUUAUUGAUUUCUGUUUCCACUUGUUUCUGAGCUACCGCAUAGUCGAGAAAUAUUUGAACCUCAAACGAAGAAAAGCAGAAGAAAGAUAAUAUCCAAACAAACUAUACCAAAGGCAAUAGAAUAAUUUAAUUAUUGGAGUUCAUUUUCAUUCUGCAUCCAUUUAUUAUUUAAAUAUCGCAAGGAAGUAACAAUCAUAAUUUAUUUGAAUUUCAUUGUUGUUACUCAUUCGUACGUGCCCAUAUACUGAAACUAUGAGAAAAUGAUUUCUCGUUUGUACAAUAGAUGUUAAUUUACAGGAAAGUAGUCAUGAACCCAAUAAAAACCGUUCUAUUUUCACUUUGAUUUGGAAACACAAAACUAUAUUGGUACAAUCAGGCGCUACUAGUAAUUUGUAAAAUCAAAUUGAUCAAACGCAUAUAUACGAAAAUGAGGUAUACGGCUCUUGUAGAAUAUAAAUAGUAUGGACAAAUAUUUAGGAAUAUUUUCGAAAAACAAACAUCCUACAUAAUGUUAUCAGACUAUGAGUUAGGGAGAAAAAAAGCUGGUAAAAGUGAAAUCAUACCAUGUGAGGAUGUAUUUCUUGGCAUAUUAAAAAAAAAACAGCAUGGCAAGAUAUUGUGAUUGUUCUGUUGAAUUGCCUGCUAUUUUGGAAAUCAGGCUAAAAACAAAACAAAAAACAGAAAAGAUGCUUCAAAUCAGAUGAUACCGAAAAUACGUAAGCAAACAAAGUGAGUCGAGUAUUUAUAAUUUUUACAAGUCUAAUUCACUGAUGAAAAUAGAAUAUACGUAAGAGGAAACUCAUGACAUUAGCCAUUAAGGAUUGUGUAAUUACUGAAAAUACAGAUAGAAUGAAUGAUGCAAGUCCCAAAAAUUUUAAGCAAAUAGACAGUAAAAAUUAACAACAAAUGAUGAUGAUAACGAUGUACGUAAAAUAUAUUUAACCAUAAUCGGUAAGGGAUAAUUUGCAAAACUAAGACAUAAAUAAAAAAAUUAUCUCGUUAAAACACAAAUAUGUUAUGAGUACAUGAGAUCUUAAGAUACUUGAUCAUGAGAUAAUACAGUGUAAUAAAAUUUGUAAAUACCAAAUCCACACAGAAUGGAAAAAUAAUA